UCACACACACACACACACGCACACACACACAUGCAGACGGCAACUUUUUUCUUUUGGACUGACUGAACACACACACCGGGAUAGACACAGUCCCCUUGCCACAGUGGAGAAGAGGAUAAGGAGUGACAGAGCAGGAAUAAAGAGAUAUUGACAAGAAGGAGGUUCCCAGGUGAAGAGGAGGAACGAGACGUUUAGUCCUGUCCAAGAUGGCAAACCUUGUGACAUCGCUGUGCUGUGUAGUUCUGGCCGCGGUGGUGGUAGCCUACGCUCAGAGACGCAGUCAGCUCGUUGCUAGGAACCAGUAUGAACGAAUGGGCAGUGAUGUCACUAUGCAGUGCGGCUCCCUGGACAAUGAUGCAUCAGUGUCAUGGAAAGUGAACGGUACAGAUGUGAAGGCCCAGCACCGUCUAGAAGGUCCCCGACUAAUCCUGACACAAGUGGAUCUGAGCCACAAUGGGCUCUACAGCUGUUUUCAGAACCCACAUGGAGAGAGGCGUGACACCAUCUUCCUUCACAUCGGCAUUCCCCCUUUUGAGCUCACGGUCAACUGCCGAUCCAACACCUACCCUAAAGGCUUCUACUGCAACUGGCACCAGCAGCAGCCCACAUACAUCCCCACUACUUUUGAAGUGGAUGUACAACAUAACCAGCGUUCACUGGAGGUGCAGAAAGAUUCGGUCCACAAGAAUCGCUGUCACGUACGGUUUCCUGAGGUCUUCUCCAGCUUCCCCUACAAAGUUAAUGUGACAGCAGUCAAUCCCUUGGGGAAAUACUCCACCACCAUUUCAUUUGAAGAGUCCACUAUAGUUAAACCAGACCCCCCGGAGCGUGUGACAGCAACUCCGAUCCGUUCCAACACUCGGAGGCUGGAGGUAUCCUGGCACAGCCCUGCCACCUGGCCUGACAUCGACAGCUUCCCUCUGAAAUAUUUCCUUCGAUACCGGCCACUCAUCCGAGAGCAGUGGCAGCAUGUGGAAUUAUCUGACAGCACCUCCCACACCAUCACCGAUGCCUAUGCUGGGAAAGAAUACAUCAUCCAGGUGGCUGCCAAGGACACAGAGAUUGGGACAUGGGAAGUGGAUAUUCUUAUCGAGACUACAACCUCCCCCAUACCGUCCUCCAAUGCACCACAAAAGGCUGAACCUCCAGUGGGCAGAGCUGCCAGGCUCCUCACAUUUUUCUCCCCUUUGCUGUUAGGAAUGCUGCUGCUCUUCAUGUGAUGUAAAUGUCUUAUUCCUGAAGGGAAGUGAGAAGUAGGAGGAAGAAGAAGAGGCAGAGGAGGCUGGUCUUUUUUCUAUUUUGCACAUGUUUUAAGGAUAUGGUGCAUUGAUCAUUUCUGUCCAUCACAGUUUCUCGCCAAGAUUACUUAGACAUGAAAUCAGACAAUGAUAAUGCAAUUUAGCAUUUUUGAUUAAUGGUGACAAAGAAAUUCCUCAGAGGAACUUUUGGAAGCGGCCGGCAUCAUCAUCACCAUCACCAACAACAGCAGUGACAGGAGCAGCAACGACCAGAACAGCAGCGGUGGUAUCAGCACCAACAGUCUCACAUUACCCUCUGCUGGCUCUGACAGGCCACAGCAGACCGGUUUGUUUGGCAGACUGCAGUUUGGUUUUGGAAUCUCCUCCUCAGAUGAGAUUCAAAUCUCAUGACCUUUUUUAGUAAUCAAUUGAUAGUUGUAAUUUUAACUGUUUUUUUUUUUUUCUAAAAGCGCACCACCGCACAGACAAACACACACUCAUAUAGAGCCCGUGUGUUUGUGUGUGUGGUUAUCAUAUCAGUCUCCAUACAGCGAAAUCAUCAUGCCAAAGACUCAACUGCACCCCAACAAAGUGGUUCCCAGACAAUUCAUUGAGCUUCCUGAUGCCUGUGCCUGCCUUCAGCAUGGGUUGAAAACCCCCAGAAAGCUAUGUAUGUAUGUGUGAAUGUGUGCGCACAACACUUGAUCAAUACUCUCUCAAACAGUAUACAAAUCGAAUCUGGGACAAACCUGAGGAACCCUGCAGCUCCUGUUUGUGUAAAACUACAAUACCAUUUAACAAAGAAGCCACAGAAACAUUCGGUCAGAUUGUGAAUCUGUUCUCCUCCGACGACUGAAUCAGGCUGCUCGGAAUCUGACUGCUCUUUACUUGGACUAACACACUGAAGAAUCCAGUAUCGGUAGUCUGGCUUAUUUAGACACUUAGCUUUACAUUCUGCUUUCAGCAACUGAUAUGGAGGACCUGGAUUGGAAAAAACAAAAAAAAAGAAAAGUGGAUUUGAGGCUGAACAAUUCUUUGCCCACCCACUUUUGGUUUUUGGUUUGAUGUUGUAUUGACAGCGACAAAGUUGGUAAUUGAAAUGAGCUAUGUUGAAUUUCCAUUCUGCUCUGUGCUGUGAUAUACAAUAACAUCCACCAGUUUGCUUUCCAAACCCUACGCCUUUACAGAGAUAAAGAACAAAUGUCUUUUUUUGCAGUUUACAUUUCAAUAGCCAAUAUCACACGUUACUAUUAUGUUACUCAAAGGAAUAUUGAUGUGUUUUAUUGUAUUUGGUUUUUGUCUUUUUUUUUUACUUAAUGGACAAAUAAUAAAAAUACAAAUAUAGGGUUUUAGUUUUCUUUUCUGACAUUCAUAAUGGCUUAAUUCUCCUUGAUCCUAUUUUGUAAACUAUGAUAUGUAACUUAACAAUGAAAAAAAAGUUUAUUAUUUAAUAAUAAUAAUAAUGUAUGUAUUAGGAUUAGAAAGUCGUAACCUGUACCUGGGGUCUUUUUUAUAGAUGUAUAUACAAUGACAGGUUUCAACCAUUAAAUGUGACCAUUUCACAAUGAAUGAUGACACACUGCAUCAUACUCAUUUUGCCUUUUGUACACGGAGAACACAAAAUAUCAGCACCACCGGUUUUCCCAAGAUAACCGCAAGAUGAAGGUGAGGUGUCAAUAGCACGGCAACAAGACAUCAAUUUUUAAACUGGCAUGAACAUACAGCUGCAGUAACCUUUCUUUCUAAUAACAGUGAUGACCCAUUUCUUUUCUCCCACAUUCAGCCAUAAACAAAUGCCACUUCAUUUUAAGUUUUCCAAAUCAAUGCUUCAGUUUGGCAGGAAAGGAGAUGUAUAUUUACAAAGUCAGAUGAGGUACUAUAUAGACACCUCAUGGGUAAUCUUUUGCACUGUUUGGCUGUGAUAUAUCAUUCUCUCUUUACUUUCUUUUUGUUUUGACACUUAAAAUCUAUCCUCAGUUGAUACAUCAGCAGAGGAGAACCUUCAAAUACAACUAGAAUUAUAAUAAAAAACAAAACCAAUUUCAGCCCGUGCAUUAUCUCUAAAAUGUAAAAUUAUGCAAAACUGUAUCAUUUUACAAUAAUUGUAUUAUUUUCACAUAACAUGUGCACACAAUCUUUUUCAAUAAUGGUAAGGAAUUGCCUGAACAAGUAAGAAACCUGAUAGUAAGACUUCAUAAAGAUGGGAGAGGCUAUGAGAGCAUCUGUAGCCUACUGAGCCUAAUCUGUAACACAGCCAUAACAGUAGUUAGGAGGUAUGGGAAGAUCCGUACUACAACCAAUAACAAGCUGCAGUGUUUGUCCUUGAAAAAUGACACCAUGCACAAUUCACUAUUUACACAGAUUCACGUUGUAAAACAAACAGGUAAUUGCUUCUGACUUGGCACAAGGAUUAUCUAUGAAAACUGGUAUUUCAGUCACUGAUCAGACAGUGUCAAGGAGACUGCAGGAAGUCAGCCUUUAUGAAAAGCUUCCAAGAAGAAAAUUAUUAACUAAAGGACACAACCCUGCAAGAUUGCACUGUGCCAAACAACAUGAAAAGAAGCCUGAUGUCUCUGCUGCAGUACAAAAGGUUGACAUUUGUAGAUGGCACUAUGAAUUCAAUUUUAUAACCAAAUAUUGAAUGAAAAUCAUGACUUGCAGUCUCAAGAAGGUGGGCAGGAUAGGAUUUUUUCUACAUGUCAAUGAUCACAAAUACACUGCAAAAACACAUUUUUAAAGAAGAAAAAGUGAAAACAAGGACAGCAUGUCUGGACACCUCUGGCUUAUUUUGAAGCAUAAAGUAGAGCAACAAAACCCCUCCAACAAAGAUCAGCUGAAAAUCAUCAUUUGUGAAAAAUUGGAAGAAUAUCGCUCCUUUGACUUUUGUUGCAGUUUGUUCUUAGUAUGGACUUUUCAUUAUAAUUUACUUAGUAAGCAUUCACAUUUUUCAGAUCAUCUUCAUUCUUCUCAAGCUUUGGUAAAAAACUAAUCAAACUGUAUUAAAUGGACAGGAAUUGUAAUUAACAUUGUAGUAAUUCUGACAAGGAGUGCAAUCACUUUUGUUGCAUGCUGUAACUCUUGGGUCUGUCACACCACGAGGUUUACGAUCUUAAUCUUUGUAACAUCUGCACAUCAUCUGUUACACUUGUAUUCCCCUUUUAAGUAUUAUUUCACUGUAAUCAAAAUCAUUGCCUAACCUUAAAAGAAUAUUUUGGUUUAUAAUGACUUGG